AAGGGAGAUAGUACAAUGAAAAAAAGUGCUGACAUCGGCAGGCACAGUCUCUCUGUCCAUCCACCAUCGAAUAAUCAUUGUCAUUAUGAAUUUGUUGAGAAUUCUAAGCACAUUAGGCGGAUCCUUUGCUCAAUAAACCUGACAAUCCAGAAUUUCUGAUAUAAUAAGCUGUGCUGUGACGUUGCUCUAUUUGAAGGUUAAUACCAGCGUUACGUGUACAACUGCUAGGAUUAUGUGAAUUAAUUAAUGUGUGUGGUGUCUUAAUUGCAUAAAAAAUUGCCUGUGUUAAGAUAUGGAACAACUGAAAUCCUUGAGCGAUCCAAUGCUAUCAUCAGCCAAUUCUCUGGAUGCAUGCACUGCUCCAAGCACAGAAUCUGGUGAUAUUUGUGGAGAGAGAAGUGGACUGCAGAUUCUCGAUGAAUUCCGAAGACUAUACGAAACACGAAUAGCGAGCAUCAACUGUGAUGACUCCAAUGCUUUACGUGUAAAAAUGAACAUCAUGGAAGAGUGGAUCAGGGACCUCGAUGCUCAAAAUGUGAUGUUAGUGAAGACUGUUCAGGAGCUUGAGGAGGCAGCUUAUCAGAGGGUCAAGAUACUGGAGGACAAACUGAAGCAAACAUCGCAGCUGAUCACUGAAAAUAUGACACGGUUUGAGGAGCCCACUCAUCACAGGUUAAAUGAUAUCACAGAGAGGCUGGACUACUUGGAGCAUGAAAAGAGCUUUUUCAAACAGAAGAUCAGUAAUCUGCAGAAUGAUAUUGCUGGACUAUUGGAGUUGGUGAAACGGGGAUACUACGAGGGUCGCUGGAGUCUCCAGGGGAUCAAUCUGUGUGAAUUGAAGGAUACUGACCUUCCCAUUCCAUUCAGUGAGGAUGAGCCCCGUGACGACCCUCCAACGAAGAAAGACCUAACGGAGCAUGAUGAAUUCAACUUAUUAUCUGAGGAUGAGAAAAUAAUGUCCAGUCAAACCAGUGAGAGCAAAACAACUGUCGAGCAUCAUCAGCUGGAGCUGACGAAUUUGCAGGAUGAAUUACAAAGGAAGCACAAGGAAGUGGAACGACUGAAAAAUCAUUUAACGUGUGUAGAAAAAGAGGCCUUAGAGGCAAGAGAAGCAUUGACAGUAGAAGUAGCCGAGAAACACGACCAGACAAUAAUGUUGAAAGAUCAAAUGGCAAAUCUCGAGGAGCAAUGUCGCCAAACGGCUAUGCAGAUGCAGUUCAAGGAUGAUAUAAUCAAGGAAAUGCGAAAUCAGUUGAAGCAAAGCAAGAAAAAGGUAUUCCCCUGGCAUCGAGAAAGAUAUGUUGCCAUUCCAAGUUUUGAGGUUAAUGAUCUAGAUACCGCAAAAGUCUCUCACAGUGGGGUUUACCUGUUGCAUUGUAGAAGUAGUGAGGAACCGUCUCCUUCACCCACUGUUCAGUCGAAAAAAUCCACUGGAGUGACGUGGGGCGAGGUUUCCACUUGUGAAGAAUCAUACCAGAAGAAGAACCCCAGCGAUAAAGUCCUAGGCUAUUUACCAACUUUGAAAAAUAUGGAGAACGAACGCUCUGAAUUGACAGAGGCGAAGAAUAUAUUGGCUGAAAUUCUGAAAACAUUGAAUUUUCAUGAAAAAAGGGCUUAUGAAAAAGGACUGGCUGAUGCUCAUCGAAAGCUCCAGGAUAUGGGAAACCUCCUGGAAAAUUACAAGACUCAGAGCACAGAAGAAAAUUCAGACUGCAACACCUUCAUCAACAACACCAGUAAAUUAACAGAAGCCAUUACAAUUAUUUCAAAAAUUUGCCUUGAAAAGGAGAACGGCAUUGAUCAACUAAAACUCAUAGUGAAAAACUUUGAUGACUGUAAUAAUCAAGGAGACUCGAUAGAAGGAAGAGAACCCUCAAUGUUUCCUAACAAACCCCCAGAGGUAUGUCGUCAAGAUUUUAACGCGAUGGAGGAGUUCAGAGUUUGCACAGUGGAAGCCCAAGCAACUGUGGAGGAUCUCCAAGAAGAAAUGGUUGCCUUAGUUGCCAAUCUGUCCAGCAGACACCAGAAAUUCACUGAAGUAAAAAUUUCUCUUGAGAAAAAUCACCAAGAAUUUGCAAAGACCAAUGAUGAUUGGCUGAAUGUCAUAACGAGGUUAGGAGAUGACAUUGAAGAGAAACUCAUCAGCAAGAGGACGAUACUUGAGGGAGGCGUCAGACUGAAGGAUUUUAAGAACGAUAUGAAUGAGUGUCUAAGUAAAUUCAAUAGUAGGAGUCACAAUGAAACAUCGACUGAUCAAGAAAAAUUGUCAGCGAGAAAACUAUCCACUGCAUUUACCUCGGGGGACAAUUUCUCAACCAGUUUCAUGGACAAAGUCGUGGAUGAGGUAGACUAUAUUCUGUGCAAUAUUCAGGUUCUGAUAUCCAAGGAGGAUUCUACAUGUAAAUUAUUGCUGAAAUGCAAGGAUCAGCUGCACCGUGUGAACAGUAAUUUGGACGAGUUGAAGAAAUUUUAUGAUCGUGUGCUGCGAGAUGAAAAUUUUGCUAAAGAUGUAUACGAGGAGAGGCUGACAAAGGUGCAAAAGUUAGAAAGAGAACUAGACGAUGCACACACACGAAUGCAGGAUAAUUUGGAGGAUAUCGUGAGGAGGAGUCAAGAAUACGAGUCCUGUCGAUAUGAUGAGUCUCCUGAUUGUGUCGGUGGGGAAAUUGAACGACUCAGGGGCAUCGUGACUUCCAAGGACAAGCUGAUUGAGCAUAAAGAUGAAAUUAUAAGAAUUCAAAAGGACUCCAUUCACGUUACGCAAGAAGAAAUGAAACAUUUGCAGAAAAAGAUGCAGAAAAAGAUUGAUGUGAAUGUGGCUAGUAUUAACCAACAUUUGGAGGAAAAUAAACACUUGUUGGAGCAGAGUAAACUGCAGAAUGAAACCAUAGAACAUUUGCGAGAGGCUUUAGUCGAUGCAAAAAAGUGUUUAGAUCGUCAAUGCGGUCAGAAAUCCCUUGCUGACGUGUGGACUUCUAUUACACCAGCAGUCUUUAAUAAUGGAGAUGUUCAUGAUAUUUAGACGGGAAUUAGGUCGAGAAAAAAAAUUAUUUUCGAUGCCAUCGAGAAUUUAACAGGACAUCGUUAAUUGGUCAACAAAUUUUCGACUCACUGUUUACUGAGCAAUUGUACAAAUGUAGAAUGAAAAUAAUCAAAACCACAGGAGAGAGGGUGGGGUAGAAUGGACACCUUUUUAUUUAAACUUAUGCACUUGCAAUCAACCUUCAUAGAAUGACUGUAUAAAGAGAAUCAUGUGUUAAUGGAGAUUAUUCAGUUAUUGCCCGAGGGAAUGGAUAAUUCACACCCCCAAAAACAUCAAGUACUUUACUUGUCUAUCAAUACGGCAAACUUAAUGUAAAAAAUAGAAUUUAAACAUAAGCUAUAAAUAACUUUUUACCCCAUUCAAGGAUGUCAUUUGAUUCAUCUAUUUGUGUUUGUUGAAAACAUUCGAGAAAAUAAAAAACUUGGAAAUAAAA